GGGAAGGAUAAAAGGGUUAGUAUGAAUAGGGAAGGGAUAGUUUGAAUAUUUUUGAGAGGGCAUGGGGUAUAUAGAGUUAAUCUCCCAGUUUAUUGUUAUUCCUCUUCCUCUUCCUCUUGCUCUCUCUCUCUUUUCCUCAAAGUUACAGAAUAUGAACUCCCUCGCUAUCCGAGUAUCCAAGCUUCUCAGAUCCUCUCCGAUAUCUCCUCUAGCAGUAAGUGGUGAGAAAGUGUCGAGGUCCUGGUUCUCGACUGGUGGUCCCAUUGAUGAAGAAGGGUUGGAAGAAGAUUUUGAAGAAACCAUAGAAAGACCCGAGCUUCAGCCUCAUGGUGUUGAUCCCCGUAAAGGUUGGGGCUUUCGCGGUGUCCACAGGGCCAUCAUUUGUGGGAAGGUAGGGCAAGCACCUUUACAGAAGAUUUUGAGAAACGGGCGGACAGUGACCAUCUUCACAGUUGGAACAGGCGGCAUGUUUGAUCAGAGGCUUAUGGGAGCAACGAACCAGCCUAAACCUGCUCAGUGGCAUAGAAUCGCUGUGCACAAUGAAGUGCUUGGCUCCUACGCUGUCCAAAAGCUCGCCAAAAACUCAUCGGUUUAUGUGGAAGGUGAAAUUGAGACUAGAGUUUAUAAUGAUAGUAUCAGUAGUGAAGUGAAGAGUAUCCCUGAGAUUUGCGUUCGUCGUGAUGGGAAGAUUCGGCUGAUCAAAUACGGGGAAAGCAUUAGCAAGAUCUCUUUCGAUGAGCUAAAAGAAGGAUUGAUUUAGUCGGAGCAAAGAGUAUCCAUUUGGCCGGAGGACACACUGAUUCAACGUUUUGGUUGUUCAUUGUGAGAGCACUGCGUUCAUUCUUAUGAAUGUUAAGGCCAUUUGUGUAAUUGUCGAUCAAAACUAGCCAGUUCUGCGUCUGUUCCUUAUUACCAUAAGCUGCUCGUCACCAAACAUGGUUUAUCAUAGCUGUAAUUUUGUCAAACCUCCCACAAAAUUGCUCCUUUGUAUGACAAUUUUAUGAUAUCCUUUAGUAUUUGGAGCAUUGGUUGAUCAGCUUCAACCCUCUA